AUGGCAGACUCCCAACCCAGCCGCCAGCUACACCUCACAGCAUUCAUGCGACCAGUCUCUCUACACACCGGAGCCUGGCGAUACCCAGGCUCCUACCCAGACGCCAACUUCAACUUCAAGCACAUAGUGCAAUUCGCGCAAAAGCUCGAAGCCGCCAAAUUCGACGCCUUCUUCAUGGCCGACCACCUCGCUGUCCUAAACAUGCCUGUCGAGGCACUCAAGCGCAGCCACACAGUGACAUCCUUCGAGCCAUUCACCCUCCUUUCCGCGCUCGCAGCGGUGACGGAAAAAAUCGGGCUCGCGGCCACGGCUAGCACGACGUAUGAUGCGCCGUACCAUGUUGCGCGGCGAUUCGCGAGUCUGGACCAUUUGAGCGGUGGGCGGGCGGCGUGGAAUAUUGUUACCACGGGUAACCCGGAGUCGAGUCAUAAUUUUGGGUUUGAUGAGCAUAUGGCUCAUGGGGAUAGAUAUAAACGGGCGCGCGAGUUCUACGACGUUGUCACGGGGUUGUGGGAUAGUUUUGCGGAUGAUGCGUUUACGCGGGAUGUCGAGACGGGACAGUACUUUGAUCCGGAGAAGAUGCAUGUGUUGAACCAUGAGGGGGAUGAAUUGAAGGUGCGCGGUCCGUUGAAUAUUGCGAGACCACCUCAGGGUUGGCCUGUUAUUGUUCAGGCUGGACAAAGUGAGCCUGGGCGGCAGUUGGCUGCGGAGACGGCCGAGGUGGUGUUUUGCAGUCCGAAGGAUAUUGAGUCUGCGAAGGCGUUGUAUGCGGAUAUCAAGGGCCGGGUAGAGAAGGCUGGACGGAAGAGGGAGGAGUUGAAGAUCCUGCCUGCGGCGCUGAUCAUCGUUGCGGACAGCAAGCAGCAGGCGCAGGAGAAGAGACUCAAGUUGGAUAGUCUGGUGCAUUAUGACAGCGCCAUUGCGUCCUUGUCCAUUGUUCUUGGGGUGGAUGCGAGCACCUUUGAUCCGGAUGGACCCUUGCCCACAGAUUUGCCCGAGACGAACGCAAGCAAGACGAGUAGGGAAGGCGCCGAGAGGCUGGCUAAGCAGGAGAACUUGACGGUUCGACAAUUGGCACAGCGAUUUGGUGGCUUCUCUGGGCUUGCCUUCCUCGGGUCGCCGAGUGACAUUGCCGAAGAAAUGGAGACGUGGUUGAAAGAGGAAGCGUCCGAUGGUUUCACCUGUACAUUUCCUUUCCUGCCGCAGGGACUGGAUGAGGUAACAGACAGAUUGAUUCCAGAGCUGCAGCGCCGAGACUUGUUCCGCAAGGAGUACACGGGCUCGACGCUGCGGGAGCAUUUCGGCCUUGAGAGACCGAAGAAUCGUUUCUUCAGCGAGGCUUCGUAG